AUGAUUAACGUAGAAACAAACAUGAAAUUACUGUUCUGUUUGUUCUUCGCCCUGUGUUCCGAUUCUUAUAAUUUUUUGGUUUUUUGUCCACUUUUUGGGCAUAGUCACACUACAUUUUUUGCGAAAAUAGCUGAUACUUUAACAUACGCAGGGCAUAAUGUGACAUUUUUCACUCCAACAAUUGUACGGAAGUUUUCAAAAAUCCAGUAUGUCAAAUCAAUAACGCACGUUCUUCAACUAGAUCCUAGUGAUAGACUCGUCAAACUUGGAAGCAUGUUUGAAGAGAAGGACGUAUCCAAGUUUUGGUACCGUGACUCAUCACUCUCCGAAAUGCUCCCCAUGAUUGAUACUUUCAAUAAUAUGUUUGUUGAGCAAGCGGCUGUAAUUAGUCGGAAUCUGCAUGUUUUGGAUGAUCUCAAAGAAAUGAAUUUCGAUGUAAUGAUUUUCGAACAUUUUGUAGAACCUGCUUACCUGGUGCUUGACUAUUUGGAGAUUCAAAAGUUUAUACCUGCAACAUCUCUAGCUUUUGAUUACAACAUGGUGAAAUCCAUUGGAGAACCCCUGAUGCUGAGUACAGUUCCUUUGCCAACGUCAGAAUAUUCUGACAGAAUGUCUCUACCUCAAAGGCUGAUUAAUGCAAUCAAUCCUUUAAUUUUUGACAAUUUGAUCCCAAAAAACAAAUAUCGGUCAUAUCGUCCACCAUAUGCACCAAUUAACACCAAAUCCAUUGAGCCAUUUUGCUCGGCAGUAUUCACAAAUUCCAAUCCAUACAUCGACUAUCCACGUGCAACUCUUGAAAAAAACGUUCAAGUUGGAGGCAUUUCAGUUGAUAUUGAUAAACUGAAAAGCCAAAAAGUUAGCAACGAAUGGGAUGCAGUGCUUAAUUUAAGACCGAAAACUGUUCUAGUCUCGUUUGGCUCAAUUAUGUUGUCAAAAGAUAUGCCAAUCAAUAAUAAAAUAACAAUAGCUACAGUAUUGGGCAAGUUUCCCGAUGUGACUUUUAUUUGGAAAUACGAGACAAACGAUACAAGUUUUGCCAAUGGAACUGAGAAUAUUCACUUUUCUAAUUGGGUGCCACAAACUGCACUUUUAGCUGACCCACGUCUAAGUGCAUUCUUUACUCAUGCUGGUUUAGGAAGUGUUAAUGAAGUCAGUUACCUGGGGAAACCAACUAUUAUGUGUCCAAUAUUUGCUGAUCAAAUGAGAAAUGCCAAAAUGCUGGCAAGGCAUAAUGGAUCAAUCGAGAUUUCGAAGUACGAUUUGUCAAAUGGAGAUAAAAUUGAAGAAGCAUUGAGUAAAAUAUUGUUUGAUGAAUCGUACAAAACUGCGGCGGAAAAGCUGGCGCAUCAGCUUGCAAAUCAGCCUGUGAAGCCAAAGGAGUUGCUAGUCAGGCAUGCGGAGUUUGCGGCUCAGUUUGGCCAUCUUCCAUCUUUGGACCCACAUUCUCGUCAGAUGUCAUUUAUUCAAUAUUUCCUAAUUGAUCUUACUGCCAUAAUACUUUCCACUGUAAUUUUAUUUCUAUUCGUCCUGUUUAAAUUAGGAAAACUAAUGUAUAGCAAACUGCCUUUUAAUUUGUCCUUGGUCAAACAAAAGACUAACUAAAUCUUAUUUUAUUCCACAAUUACGGUGUUUAUUGUGUUCAUUUUUGUUAUGCUUUAAAUAAACUUAUUCUGAUAGG